AUGUCAAGCCCUCAAGCACCACCACCUUCUUGGGAUAGUCCUCCAAACUAUCCCUUGAAGACAAAGAAGAAACUUCUUCCCUACCUUGAAGCAGCCGACCUGGAGACGUCUAGCCAAGCCGCAUCACACCAAGAAGAACACCUUCUAGCCACACCAGAAGAGGAGAUUGACCCUGAGCUGAUCGAGUUCGUGAAGAGAGAUCAAUUCCAUGAUCUGUUUUCAGACACAUCACUAGCUGGACCAGCACUAGAUUGGGCGCAGCAUGAGCCACUCUCUACAAUCGAGUCAUGGAUCGAUUUUAGAGAAGCUUUCUUGAAGAGAUUUGCAAGGCUGCCACCUUUCAAAUCCAAGUACAAUCACUACUCUCAUCAGCUGGAGAGAGAGCGUGAAGAAGAAGAAUGGGGAGGCAUACCACCCCAUCCUGAAGUCUUGAAUGAAGAGCUAAUCAAGCAUGUGGAGAGGAAUCCUUUCUACAAUUCUACUUCAGAGUGUGCAAAGGAGCAUCUAUGCACUUUGAGCAGCUUUGCCACUACUAUGGACUUGGAGACAACCCCAAGAAGAUACAACUUUUCCAACUAUCACUAG